AUGGGGAACUCGAACUCAUCGAAAAGCAGCUCGAAAAUCAAACAAAAAUCGGAAUCCAUGGAGAUUCGAAAAAAGCCGGAAAAGACAACGGAUUUCACCAAAAGCCGGAGCAUGAUGGAUAUGGGCUCAAAGAGCAGAGGAUCUUCGACCACCACGGCCUCAGGCGCCUCAUCUUCCUUGCGUCAGAAAAGCAUUACCAGUAUAAAUAAUAAGGAUCGUCCAAAAAGCACACGUGAUCUCAAAUCUAGUGGAAUUUCCCGUCAAAAGUCUAUGAAAAAAGAUGCCGCUCAUCCGAUCUCACCAAAAGGCCGUGAUAUCAUCAUGCAAUGCUUUGAAAACCCACAUUCCGAAUUUGCCAAUAAGAAACGGGGCGACUAUCAACGGUUCAUUCUGAACCUUGGUAAGGAACGAUCCUAUGUGGUCAAUCUUCGAUUGAAGUCUCUAGUCGAGGACAUUGUUUCACGCAUUCACGAUGCUGACUACAUUGAGAUGCUUUCAAAGCAAUAUGGUGAAGAGCAUGUGGAAUUGAAACAAUAUGGUUUCAAACCAGAUUUUUGGGUCGCCGUCGCUGAUGCCAUGACACUUGAAGGUGUCAUUCUCGACAUGGCCAAUCAUCAGCCGGCUGAUACCGUUUCGGCUUGGUCUUCUCUAGUCACCAUGAUCUUUUCGGCGGUACGAGACGGCUACUAUUCUGAACUUCGCCGCCAUCGCAUGAGCUCGCGUAGAACUCUUAGACAGCAGAAUACAGUUGAUUCCAGCAACGAUAACGAAGUGGAAAGUCAAGCUGCCUCCAAUUUGGCGUCACACCUUGAGUCAUUGAAUGUUGGAGGAUCGGAGGACGACUAUAAUGUACCAUCAACUUCAACAGCUUCAUUUGCUUACCGAAAUGGUCCCUCAACGAGCCGAAGUCAUUCAUGCUAUUCAACCGACUCUGCGACGUCUACAUCGACUUCUAGACGAAAUGGGGGACUGGACACCCCAUCGACUUCCUAUUCAGCAUCGACACCAGUUCGCCGACCAAUUUUCGAAUGA